AUGCCGCGCCCCCUCUACGAUACGACGCAGCUCCCGAAGCAACUUCGGGAGGAGCUGGGCAUUUCAGUUCCGACUAAUGGUCGUAGAGGAGCUCGCCGACACAAUGCUCCUCUUUCCCGCAAGGAACAGCGGAAAGCGACUCGGACGAACAACAAACGCACACUGUCUGUGCAACAAUGGAAAUGGUCUCAGGGGGGCGCACGGGAUGAUGAGGAGGAUAUGCGAAGCACUCCGUCCAUGACUGGAAGGGUUAUCGGGAAACCAAAGCAGACUGCGAAGUUAAAUGCGGCGAAGGCGCCUAAUUCGAUCUCGAAGGGGCAGAGAAAGAUCAUUGACGAGUCUGAGGUUGAGUCGGACGAAGGGGCUGAUGAAGACGAAGAACGGGGCUUUUCGGAUUUGCUUAAUGAAAACGAAGGUGAUAAGCAGGAGGAUGAUAACUCGGAAGAAAGUGACGAGAAGGGAAGGAGGAAUUCUGCAGUGCGGACUAGGAUAUCUAGAGCAGUGGAAGCAAAAUUGGCGGAGGACGAUGCAGAGAUCUCUUCUCUAGAGAAAAAAUUGGGCAUCAAAUGGAAGAAAGGGAAGUUGCCACAAUCAUUUUAUGAUGAAGGGUUAGCAGAUUUACUCGGUGAUCCGAGCGGGAGUGACUCGGAGGAUGAAUCACGGAAGCGGAAGAGGGAAGGGGACGAAUGGCUGCAGCGGAAGAGAUUGAAGGCGCAGGCUGCAGCGCGAGAAGCUCGUAAGGGAAUGGGUACGGCUAGUGAUAGCGGAAGCGAGGAGGUUUCCGAAUCUGAGGGCAGUGACUGGAGUGGUGGGAGUAGCGAGGGAGGUAGUCUGGGGAAUGAAUUCGAAGGGUUUAAAGACGAGGAUCCAGAGAAUUCACCUCCCAAGCCCAAGAGACGGGAAAAUCCAUACGUCGCACCAGUUGUGGCUGUGGAUACAGUUGCACGCAAAUACAUACCCCCAUCCCUCCGAGCCCCGGCGGCCAGUGAAGCAGAGUCCGUAGCCCGUCUACGACGACAGGCCCAGGGACAUCUUAACAAACUUUCCGAAGCAAACCUCGUCUCAAUUCUGCGAGACGUCGAGAAACUCUAUCAGGACUAUCCACGACACAGUGUCACCUCGACAUUAAUCGACCUGUUGAUGGACAUGAUUUACAACCCAAGCGUUCUGCAGGACACAUUCAUCAUCCUGCAUGCUGGUUUCAUAGCAGCUAUGUAUAAGGUGUUGGGCAUGGACUUUGGGGCGGAGUUUGUAGAACGAAUCGUCAAAAGAUUUGAUGACGACUACCGAAGAAAGGACGGCGGACUCAGUAAACAGCCGAUUAAUGCCAUAUCUCUACUGUCGCAUCUUUAUAACUUCCAUGUUCUCGGAUGUAGCUUGAUUUUCGACUACAUCCGCCUUUUCCUGGAGGAAAUCAAUGAAAUGAAUACAGAGCUACUUUUGAAAAUUAUUAGAAAUUCCGGGCCCCAACUGCGACAAGACGACCCGUCCUCGCUAAAAGACAUAAUUCUCCUCAUGCAACCCGCAGUCUCCCAGAUCGGUGAAGGCGAGUUAUCCGUCCGUACAAAAUUCAUGAUCGAAACCAUGACAGACCUUAAAAACAACAGAUUAAAAACGGGCGCGACCGCAUCCUCCAUCUCAUCCGAGCACAUCACCCGUAUGAGGAAAAUUCUCGGAUCCCUCAGCAACUCACGCACCCUCCGCGCCAGUGAGCCCCUCCGCAUCGGCCGCGCAGAUAUCCACAAUUCCGCCAGAAAGGGGAAGUGGUGGCUAGUGGGAGCAAGUUGGAAAAAUGAUGACCCCACGAACCAGUCUGCCUCAGCAGUUCUGGAUGCCACGGCAGCUCUUCCGGACACGCUACCCGAUGAUAUCGGCGGUGACGAGGUCGACCUCGCGCAAUUAGCCCGAGCUCAUCGGAUGAAUACCGAUGUUCGGCGAUCCAUAUUCGUCGCGAUUAUGUCGGCGGCUGACUGCCGAGAUGCGCAUAUCCGGCUGGCGAAACUGCGGUUAAAACGGAACCAGGAGGGGGAGAUCCCUCGUGUUGUCCUGCACUGUGCUAUGGAGGAAGUAGCACAUAACCCGUAUUACACACUCAUAGCGCGGAAGCUCUGCGGGGAGCGGAGAAUGAAAAUGGCGUUCAUGUUCUCGUUAUGGGAUGUGUUUAAGCGGAUGGGUGAGAAGGGUGAUCUGGAAGAGGGUUCAGACGCCGACGUUGACGGCGAUGGCGAUGAUACAGUGACCAGCAAAGCCAUUGUGAAUUUGGCGAAAAUGUUUGGCAGCAUGGUUGCGGACGGUGCGCUUACCUUGGGCAUCCUCAAGGUCUUGGAAUUUGCGUACUUGCAGCCGAAGACGAAGACGUUUGUUGAGUUGCUGCUUGUUACUGUCAUGGUGCAGACGCAACAGAAAAGACUGAAGAAGAUGAAGCAGAAUGAAAAAGCACCAUCUGUGGCUAAUGACGGAGCGGAUGAGACAGAGUUUGACGAAAAGGCGCUUGCGGAUGUGUUUCUGCGAACUCGGGAAACUCCGCAAAUUGUCCCACGCCUAAUUUACUUUAUUCGCAAGGUAGUUGCGAAGACGGAUAUUGUGGCAUCAAAAAGGGAGAAGAGGAUCGUUAAAUGGGGGAGUAAGGUUGCGUUGGAUACGUUGAAGGUCGUAUCUCGGGCUGUUGAUAAUUCUUGA